AAGCAGGAAAUGGAGAAAGGAGGGAUAGUGAAGGAGAGAAAGGGAACAACUCCAAACACACUCGAGUGCAGACACAUUUAAGACAGGAAUUCUUAUGAGCAACACAACUUAUUAAAAUGGAUUUCAGGUUUGUGACAGCCAGUGUCAGCCUGCUGCUGUUGUCAUUCUGCUCCAAUACCGAUAAAGCGAAUGCUGCCAUAUCUAAUCGAGAGAAAUGUCAGUGUGUUGAAGAGACCAAUUCUGUGCGAUGGGGAAAAGUCACAAACUUCACAAUUAUACAGAAAGAUUCAUUCUGCAACAAGGUUCAAAUAAUACUCCAGCUGUCAAAUAAACAAUCUUGUUUAAAUCCAGAUUCCAAGCCAGGGAAAAGAUUACAAAAAUGCUGGAGAGGGAUUAAAUUCAACCCACAGAAGAAGAAGAUUUGUCUAAAGCUCAAGAGGAAAACUGGACCAAAAAAGCGAAUAAAGCAUUAAAUUAUUUUUCAGUGUAUAAGCUAUUUGCCUGUCCUUCAAAGGGACACUCCACUUUUUUUGAAAAUAUGCUAAUUUUCCAGCUCCCCUAGAGUGAAACAUUUGAUUUUUACCAUUUUGGAAUCCAUAAAACUCGACUCUUCUGUAGUUACAUCGUGUACUAAGACCAACGGAAAAUUAAAAGUCGCAAUUUUCUCAUUUUUAAUGACAUUACGCAGUGCCCAAAAAUAGUCCCCUGCUAAUGAAAAUAUCAAGGUGACUAUUUUCGGGUGCUGCGUAAUACCAUUGCGCCUGCUACAGCCGUACAGAUUAUUACGCCAGAAUGAGAAUAUAGUUCCUAGCCAUAUCGGCCUAGAAAAUCGCAACUUUUAAUUUUCUGUUGGUCUUAGUACACGAUGUAACUACAAAACAAUCAAGUUUUAAAGGUCACGUUCUUUCUGAUCCCAUUUUUGAAACCCUAGUUAGUAUGUAAUGUUGCUAUAUUAGCAUAAAUAAUACCUACAAAAUGAUAAAGCUCAAAGUUCACUGCGAGGCGAUAUAUUUUCUUUAACCAAAUUCCCCUUUCAAAGCCUACAACGAACAGCCGGUUUGGACUACAGCCCUCUACUUCCUGCUUUAAUGACAUCACUAGACCAGUUUUUUGACUAGGUGAAAAAUGUGCAUAUUUAAAAAAAAGAUGAGUGUUCCUUUAACAUGUACAUUACUUAUUCAUACUAGUAUAUAAUCUGCCUAUAAGUAUUUGUUUUUCUACAACUGUUUUUCAAUAAAACCCUAUAAAAGCUUA